AUGCGCGCGCGCGCGGCGCCGCGAGCGUCUAUACCGGCGCGCAUCGCGAGACGAGCGACGUCACACCGCGGGCGCGCGAGAUCGGUCGCCGCGAAGGGCGAGAGCGCGAGCGCGAGCGCGUCGAGUGCGUCGAGUUCUUCUGAAGGCUCGGAAAAUCCCGUCGCUCCCGCGUCGACGCACGCGAACGCGGACGGCGACUACGAGGGAACGCUGAGAUUGUUUUUGGACAGCGCGGACGUCGAGGUCUUCGAUGCGUGGCUUCCGACCGGGUUGUUCGUCGGGGUGACGACGAAUCCCGCGAUCUUAGAGCGAGACGGCGUCGAGUGCUCGGUGGACUCUUUGCUCGCGCUGGCGCGGAACGCCCUUGAAUUCGACGCGGUAGAGGAGUUUCAGGUGCAGACGUGGGGGGAGGACAGCGAUGAGAUGUGGAAGAACGGAAUCGCGCUGGCGCGGUUGGAUCCGGACCGAGUGGUGGUGAAGGUGCCGGCGACGCUGGAGGGGAUCAAGGCGGCGAACGCGCUGGUGGUGGAUGGGGUUAGGGUGACCAUCACAGCGGUAUACGCGCCGCAUCAAGUGCUCGUGGCGGCGGCGAUCGGGGCGAAUUACGUGGCGCCGUAUUUGGGGAGAAUGAAUGACGCCGGACGCGACGGCAUGGGGACAGUUAUUUCAAUGCAAGAGACCGUGGAGGAACUCUCGAGCGAUAUGCGAGUGCUCGUGGCGAGCAUUCGCACUGCCGCAGAAAUCUCUAAACUCGCUGCGAAGGGAUGCGACACGUUCACGAUCAGUGAGAAGGUGGCGAUGGAGAUGUUCGCGGAUCCUCUCACGACGCAGGCGGCGCUCGAUUUCCAGAGCGCGGCGCAGCGCAUGUCGCCGAAACCACCGGCGAAGAAGGAAAAACCCGCUGAGGUUGAAGAAGUUUUCGAGACCGUGGAAGAUUCUGAUGACGUUCCGAUCGAAGAAGAGGCGAGCAGCGACGCGCGAUGA